CACCACCACACGGGUUGCAACUUGCAUUCCACAGUGAGCUUUUGUGGGCUCGUGUCAGAGGCGCUUUUGACAGUGCAGGUACUGUACCUACAAGAAAGCAGUGCCAUCUCUGGGCAGCCUGCAGAAGAAGGACUAGAGUCUGAGAGUUGAGAGAGCUGAAUCCCCUGAUUCAGGAUUCAGGAAUCUGGCCAGGAGAAGGAACUUGCGAUCCCUUUGGAUCUUUUCCAGGGCAAAUAUCGGGGCUUUGGAACUCUCCGCCGGAGAUUCUUCAUGCAGAAGGAACUUGAUGAUGCAGAAAGGCUAGCUAGCGUUCUAGGAUUGAAAGUGAGGGGAAUACGGCAUCCUGGGAGAAAUUUUGAUGCAUGUACGAAUGAGUGUUUGAGAAGAAGCAUUUCUUAGCAAUGAUUGCAUAAGCUUGUAUGGGUUGGCUUGGUUUUUGACACACAAUUUUGUCUUCAGAAGCAAAAGGCCCAUAGGCAUACAGUUGCAAUACGCAGGGUAGGGUUAGCCUGCUGCUCGGCUCUCCUCGAGAGUAGUUGAGGACUUAUCUAGUCGAGCUUCUUUUGUUGUUUGCAACCCAGGCAGCACGGGGGAACCUGAGAAGCCGCGUGCAUGCUUUCCUGAAUUGUCAAAGCAUCAGAGAGUUGAGCUUUGGGGAAGUAUUAGAAGACCCGUUUUUGCCCAGUAGUGUAUAUAAGAGUAUUCAAACCAGAGGGCUAGACGUCAUCACGCGCGCAUCUGAGAGGUCAUAGGGCUCGAGGUAAAAGGGGCACAGCAACUAGCACGAUGAAGUUCGGUAAGAGGCUGCGGACACAAAUAGAAGAUACCCUUCCUGACUGGCAGGACAAGUUUUUAAAUUACAAGGACCUGAAAAAGCGAUUGAAGAGCAUCGCUGCUCCUGAGUGUUUCACAAGGGCUGCAUACCACCGGGAGCCGGCUGCUGCCGCACCAACUGAAGCAGACCAUGUUGUGGAGACCAUUGAGCGGCAGCUGCGUGCGAGCAGCCACGACCUGGCGCACCCCCCGGGCAUAACAGCCGAGGAAGCAGAACGCCUGGAGCAGGGACACCUCACGCCCGAGGAAGAGGAGUUCAUCCGGUUGCUCAAUGUGGAACUAGAGAAGUUCAACAACUUCUUCAUCGAGAAGGAAGAGGAGUUUGUCAUCCGCCUGUCGGAUCUCAAGGAGCGCGUCGAGAAGCUGCGCAUGACGUGCAACAGAGAGGAUCUCAGUACGUGCCCCGCGUGUGCCUCUGACGUAAACGCAAUCCGCAAAGCCAUCGUGGCGUUCCAUGGCGAGAUGGUGCUGUUGGAGAAUUACAGCUCGCUCAACUACACGGGCCUGGUCAAAAUUCUCAAGAAGCACGACAAGCGCACCGGCAUGCUCCUGCGGAUGCCCUACAUCAACAACGUCCUUCGACAGCCGUUUUACACCACGGAGCUCCUCUCCAAGCUCGUGCGCGACUGCGAGGAGAAGCUGCAGUUCGUCUUCGCCCCUGCCAAAGAGACGGGCAAGCCGCGCACGGCCGUUGCGCCGGACCCCCUCUCGUUCCCACGGGACGAGGACGUUGACUCCAUCUACCGCAGCACCGUGGCCGCCCUCCGAUCGCUUCAAGACAUCCGAGGCUCGACGGGAAGCCCCCGCAUCUCGGGCGCUCCCCCCGGGAAUGGCGCCACCCUUUCCAGCCUUCUAGGAGGGGGGAUUGGGGACAGCAGUGACGAGGAGGGCGCGAGCGAGGGGGCGGAGCCCCAAGCGGACGGGAACGAUCUCAGGGAGGGGGGACAGAACGGGGCGCAGGAAGACGGGGGGGUUUCGAGCGCGGCCAAGCGGGCGCGCGUUGAGGAGGGGGGAGCGGCUCACCGCACGGGGGGGUGCGGGGUCGAAUUGCAAAAGUCUGUGGAUGUUAGGGUUGUGUCUCCGGCCCCCGAGGCGAAGAGGGAAAAGGAGGAGGAAGGAGGGGAGGUCGCGGUGCAGGCUUGACAUUCUGCAAGGUUGUAGAUUAGUUGUGCAAUAGGGGGGGGCAUGGAGGUUAGGCGUGUGAGAAUCCAGGCGCGAUAGUGACGCUGACAUGCUGAAGAAAAAGCUGAAAAUGCUGGCUGUCUCGUUACGUAGGAAGAACAUGAAUGCACUGCAAUAGUGGCAGCCUUUUGAACACACCAUAAGCAAGCGUUGACUAGUAGGCCUAAAUCAGGUACACUUUCUAGCUAGCGCUCGCUUGGGGAAGGAAGUCGCUUCUCUAGUAAGACGGCGUUUGCACCAAUGAUUGAAGCUGGCCUGCAAAUGGCAUUGCACACACA